GUAUGAGUCACAUGACGGCUUCCAGGCGUACCAACAAAUCCAAAUUCUCCUCUGCUCUACGUUUUCCUCUUAAAAAAAAAAAGCUUAAUUCUUCGCACUUUCGGACACAGUUCAGGAGACAAACAGACGGUUCUUCAAGAAAAUCAGGGUCAUAGUUGCUGACAUGGAGGUGGAGGGGAUGGACGAGGAGGGAACAUCGUCCCACAGUGGACAUCUACACAGGAGAGCAGAAGAUCUUCAGAAGACACAACAGGAUUCCGAGUGUCCUGAGAGCUCAACCUGUGUAGAAAAUGUGUAUGUGGAUAAGAAGGCAGUGGACAAACUGACAGAGGGAUUAUUGUCCCAUUACCUGCCUGAUCUACAGAACUCUAAACGAGCCCUCCAAGAGCUCACACAGAAUCAGCUGAUAUUACUAGACACACUGGACCAAGAAGUCACAAAGUUCAGAGAAUGUAACACCUUAUUGGACCUUAAUUCACUGUUUACAGAGGCCAAGUUUUACCACAAUAAACUGGUGUCUAUAAGGAAAGAGAUGAUUUUGCUCCAUGAAAAGACGACUAAACUAAAGAAGAGAGCUUUGAAACUGCAACAGCAGAAGCAGAAGGAGGUGCUGGAAAAGGAGCAGCAGCGAGAGAAGGAGCUGGAGAGAGAACGGCAGCUCAUCGCCAAACCUGCUAAAAGAACGUAGGAUCCUGAAUGUGACAGAUGUAUUUAAGGACCAUUGGAUUUUCUUGUUUUAGCCUAUUUCUUACCAAUUAAGAACAUAUCAGUGCUGCCUUUUUCUAAAGCAUUGACACAUUUGGGGAAACUUUUCUUUGCCUUGUGAGCAGACGCUGGUUUCCAUUACCUUUCAUAUUGUGAUCAAUUCCACUUUCACAAACUAGACAAUCCAUCACCGAAUUGUUGAACUCUCAUCACGUUUCAUUUGUUCCUGUUAAACGGAGUUGACAUCACAUACCGAUGGGACAUUUCUGCCUUGAAUUGCUACUUAAUUCCUUCCCUGAGCCAUAACGGUAAACUCUGGGCCACUUUUAUAAAGCUGCACAAAUUAAGUUAAGGAGGGAGGAGGUUAGAAGGGGUGGGCGACCUGCAGUGUAUAGUUGUGAGCAUGGGUGCAGCUGAUUGGUUUAGUAAAGACUAACACAGUCUAGGUUAGACCAGAUAGACACACAGAUGAGGGUGUGGAGGAAUGUAACCAAUGUGUAAUCAUAAAGGCGCAUCUGAACCACCAUUGCUAGUGAUGUCAGUAGAGGAAAGGGUAGUUCACAGACAUGCCAAGCACAGCCGAGUUAAGACAUGCUCUUUACAUGUUAAAUAAAGGUACAGUUAUCGGUAAGUUGACUGCUGUAAACCUUAGUAAAUUCUAUUCAUAUUGGGCUGGAUAUACUCAAUACAGAACAAAGGUGAAUAAAUCUGUCAUUCCUUUUGUCUUUUUUCAAAGCCAUCUUUGCUAUGUGACAGAACAAUAAAGUUUUCACAGAGACACACGUCUUUACAUGUGGCAUGAUCUUUUGAAGGGCUUUAGUCAUUUUAAUGGAAUGAUGCACCCCCUCAUGUGCACGUUCCUCUAAACCACAGGUGUCAAAC